AUGGGUAGAAGUCAUCCAGAAUAUGUUUCGUAAAGGAUUGUUAACAAAUUGAGAAGCAGCUCGAAACGUGUCCGCGAAUAGUUGCGCCGUAUGUUUGAAUACCAAAGAGAUUGAGCCAAGGGAAACAUCUCUCUGGGUGGGUAUUCACGGGCUGUAUUCAUAUUUGGUUUUAGAACCGGCUGGCAGUUGGCCAUCGCCGCAGUUGCAGCCACUGCCGCCACAGAGCCGCAACUGUUGUCCUGGGAUACACAAAAGGAUUUGCAGACGCCCAGGAGUAAGCACACACACAAACAACAAGAAGGGAGACGCCACAGCGAGGAAACGAACUCCACAACGGCAGAUGAAAUUGAUUGAAAGAACAACAAAAACGGAAAGGAAAGGAAAGGUGGUUUAGAAGGAGCCUCAGUCUCCCUCCUACAGAAGUAAAGGUAGAACCCGACAGAGGCAGGGAGAGCAAGGUAGAGAGAGAAAUCCCGUAAAAUCAACUCAAACGUUUGAUGUGCAGCCGCGCGAAGACAUUGCCGUGCCACAGAAGUAGAGGAGGAGGAGCAGCAGCAGCAGCCUCAAGAAGAGCGAAACGAAGCCAAACAAGCAGCACCGGCAAAAGGCUGCCGCCUCAAGAACCAACAAUCAAUUCAAAUAAGAGGAGGCAGGGACCACUCCACAAUGGCACAUCUUCAAUUCGAGGGAGAGCAGCCGCCCGGGGAGACGCCGUCGCCCUUCUCAGAUGCCUGGAGCCUACAGAGUCGCUCCACUGGCCAACGCUCGACGACCUACUCGGUGGGAUCCAUUAGCAACGAUGAGCCGCGCAUCAUUUGGCUCAAGACGAUAAUUGCCAAUAUGCUGGGAGUGUUUGAUUCAAAGUAUGUGAACGAAUUGAUAUCCAAGAACCAGGAGGCGGUGAGCAGCUUCCUGAAGAAACGAUACGAGAGCCAGAAGGAUCUCCACUAUGUGGUGAUGUUCGUCUGGCGCACCUUCUACGAUCGCCUCAUCGAGGAGGAGAUCACAGUGCUCGAGGAGGUGCCACCUCCGCCCAGGCCCUCAGUGCCCGAGAAAAAGGGCAAGGGCAAGAAGGGCAAGGGCGAUGCCAAGGGCGGUAGGCAGGCGGCAGGAGCAGCCACCAAGCAGGCACGCAAGAAGGGUGGACAGGAUGUCGAGGCGGGCUCGGCACGUCCAUCAACCACCGAUCUGGAGGCGGGCGUGGAGGAGGGCACCUACACGGGCGGCGAGACCACCGAUGCGGACAUGGAGGGUGAACUGGAGGGCGAGGAAGAGGCCACUGUGGGUGGCAGUGGCAAGAGUUCGGCCCGCUCCAGACAGUCACGCCGCAAAAAGAAGAAGACGUAUGUGCCCGUCUAUGUGGAGGUGAAGAAAUUGGUGCCAGCAUAUGUUAAAACCCCGCAGCUGCAUUGCCACUUUGGGGAAAUGGAUUCAUCGGCUUUGGAUCCCAAAAUUAAAUACGUUUACAUUUUGCGCAAGAAUCGCAGGGAGAUACCCUGGUUCAAUGAGAUAGCCAACUGCUUUGCGGAAAUGCCGCUGCUCUUCCUGUUGGGCACCGUUCGGGGUUCACUCAUCGAUUCGCUGCGCGACGACCUCAACUUGGUCUACAAAAGCGCCAUUCAAUAUCAAUUUCGUGAACCGGCCACAACGGACAGCCAGCAAAUGGACAGUUAUGAAGGCCAAGCCGGCGGUGGCGGUGGUGGUGGUGGUACUGGCGGCGCUGCCGGGGAUGCUGGCGAGGAUGUUUCGAGCGAAGCCAAGGAAUCGGGACCGGGUCUAUUGGAGCUAUCCAAACCAUCGGAAUUUCGUUUGAAAGCGCUUAAACUACAAAAGAAGAAGAAGGAGCAGGAGGCUCUGGCCAAAAAGCAGGAGAAGGCCAAAAGCCUGAAGCCGGAGGCAGACAGAGACGCCGACGACGAGGACGAGGCCGAGGGACAGGCCAAGGCAAAGACGGAUAUCAUAUCCUCAUCGGAGGAAGAAGAGGAGCAUAAACCCGAGAAGCUAACGAUUGGUGAGCGAUGGGAGAAGAUGCUGACGGAGACCAAGGCCAAAGUUGAGGCGGAGCAUGCCGCCGAGGAGGCCACCCCGCCACGCAUCACACCCAUCCAGCGGCGAAUUCUCAAGGAGAUCGAUGACUUCGAUUCGGAGAUCGGCUGGACCAUCAAUCACAUUGUUUGGGCCUUCAGUAUGCCCUCGUCGUACAUCCUGCCAGGCCAAGGGGAAGUGGAGUUCGAGGAGGCCCUCAUCCGCGUCCCUGUGGACCCGAAGCGACUGGACCUGGUGCCCACCUACACGCAGGAGCAACUGGAGCAGGUCGUCGAGGGUUGGAUCAAGUUUCUCAACAAGACACUGAAAACCCUGAUGGAUGCCAAACUGGAUGAAUUCACGCCGAUGGCCGAGUAUCGAUACUGGCACAAAAUGGAGGUGGAGCUCUACGGCACCAUCGAGCAACUGAAGACCGACUUUGUGCUGGCUGUGCUCGAGCGUCUUCAGAGCGAUCAGUCACCCAUGACCCUCGAAUGGGAAAAGAUCCUUGAGACCACAGAGAAUCGCUUCAAGUUGGCCAAAGAAAAUUCGGACUAUCUAGGCACCAUCACGGAUUACUUGGAGAAAGUACGCAGCUUCGACAGCUUUAAAAUGACUGUCCUUCAGAUACCAAAUAUAAUGGUGGGACUGCGUCACAUUUGGACCAUGUCCAGCUACUAUUGCCGUGACCCCGAGAUGCAAGUUCUGCUCUGUGAGAUAUCCAAUGUCUUUGUGCAGAAGGUCAAGAAAAUCAUCAACUUUGAGAACAUUUUCCGAUACUCCUCAACGUACACCCAUGAGACGGCCACAAAUUGUGCCAAUCUGCUGCGCUGCUGGAAGCAGGCCUACAAGCUCAGCCGUCGACACAUCGAGGAAUCGGGUGCCGGCUCCCGCUGGGAAUUCGAUCGCGUGGCGCUGUUUAAUGAGGUCAAUCACAUACAUCGCGUGGCCGUGGACAUUGCCUACAUUGGCAGGGUGUUCAUUCAGUACGAGAAUCUGUUUGGGCAUCGCCUCAAGGCCCUCAUUGCGGACCCAUCCAUUGUGGAUAAUCUGAUGCGAAAGGUGUACCGCAUGCUGGAUGAUCUAAUGAACAGCGUUGACUACGAUAUGUUCCGGCCGGGCAAUUGGGAGAACUGGGAGUAUUCGCUGGAGCAGUUCAACAGGCGGCUCGAGUCCCUGGAGCAGGAGGCCAAGGGUGUGAUUGACCAGAGCAUCAAUUCGCUGCUCUCGUCGGAGAAGGGUCUGCAGCUGGUGACCAAUGCCAUGAACAUCGAUACGCGCAAGAGCCUGCAGGAGUUCGUGGCCACCAAGCAUGAGAAUCUUUUGCGUUAUUUUGUCACAGAAAUCAAUACCGUGGAGAGAGUUUUUAUGAAACAUAAAAAAUCGCCACCCAUGUCCAAGCAUCAGCCGGCAAAGAUAAGUGCCAUUAGCUGGGCCCGACUACUGGGCCGUAAGCUCAAGAGCUCUGUGCUGGCCUUCAAGCGGGUGGAGGAUGAUCCGGCGCUGAAGAAUAGCUUCCUGAAACGCAGCUCCUUUAAGCAGUACUUCGAGCUGAUGACCACCAUGUACCAGUUCGAGAAGGUGCUCUUCGACACGUACCUCCAGAAUGCCACGUAUCUGGUGAAUCACACAAAUCGCUCGCAUAUUCUGGCCAUUCGCAUUUGCAAGGCCAGCACAAUGGAUUACAUUUCCGAGUCUGUGCAAACGCUGAAGGCGAAACCACGCGAAGGCGGCUCCCAUUUGGGAAUGAGUACGACAAAAAGUGCGUCAAAUCAUUUGCAUUCGGUAAUCCAUAGCGGCCUGAGCCUGAACACGUCCUAUGGCGGCUCAGUCGAGUCCCUGGAAGAUGUCGAGGAUGAGGCGACCGUCGGCGAUACGGCCUCAAAGACGUUGAUGUGCCGCAUCAAUCGCUUCACCGUGCUGACGGCCAUGAUCAUGUGGAUGGUCAGCAAUACGCGGCAGGCCAAUCUGCAGCUGCAGAAAUGUCUGCAGUUCAUUGCACAGUUCAAGGAGAAGAAGGCCAAGGAUAUCACGCCCAUGGACAGGCAUUGUCUGAGCAUUUGUGAACUGAUGGAUCGCAGCGAGUCGCAACGCCUGCUGCCCAUUUGGCGCGAACUGGUCGAUGACAAAGUUCUCAUCGAAUAUGAUUCCGAAUUUAUUGUGAAUUUGAAUCGCGAGAUUUUCGACACCCUGUUUGAGGGGCAGCUGUUCGAGCAUCUGGGCUUUGAGCUGCCCUCGGUGCUGCGCACUGGCAUCAUGCGCAAGGAUCUGCUGUUCAAGGACUACGAGAAGCUGAGCGAGGUGAUCAAUCGGUACAAGGGCAUCAUUGCCAAUCUGUCCAUGUCCGAGGUGAUCUUCCUGCGCGGCCACAUCUACGACACGGAGCUGUUCAUCCAAAUGGGACUGGGCCGCUACACCUGGAUCUCGUUCAACAUUGGCAAGUUCUGCGAGCAGAUCAACUCGCAGCUGCGUAAGCUCACGUCCAUUGUGUCGCAGAUUAACUUCAUCCGCCUGGACCUGCGCAACCGGAUCGAUCUGAUCAAGAACUACAACCUAUUCAAUCUGGACUCGGAGACCAUGGAUGAUAAGCAGUCGACGGCGGUGGCCGUGAACUUCAGUCAGUCGCGCAGCGACAUUGGACUGCAGCCCGUGCGGAGUCGCAUGUUCGUCUCCAGCACUGGCGCCUCCAUCACGAUGUUCAGGGACGAGGAGGAGGACGACGAGAAGCAGAAACAGGAGCAAUACUGCGGCGUGGAUGUGUACCCGUGCGAGGGUUACUUUGAGCUCUUGGAGUCGUCGCGCAAUCGCAAGGCGGCCCAAAUGAAGAAGCUGUACGACUCACUGGGUCCGGUGCUCGUCAAGCUGGAGAGCUUGGUCCUGGGCACAUUCACCGGCAGAUCGGACAAAAUGAAAACCUACUAUGAAUUCUGGGAGGAGGAGACAUACAAGUGCAUUGUGGACAUGACCUAUCAGAAUCUAAAGUGCUACAUAAAUCGCCUGCUGUCGGACAAUCCCAUGUUUGAGGUGAAUGCCGUGCUGCUCAUGUCGGAGAUUGUGCUGGAACCCUCCAUCCAGGAGCUGCAGAACAUCAUCAUCACCGCAUCCAAGGAUUAUCUGUCGCGUCUGAAGAUCUUCACGCGCUGGAUGGCUGGCACCUGUCUGUCGUGUCCGCUGAUUGAAACCGGUGCCCAGUGGAAAUUCAAUUAUACAUACUACGAGGACAUUGUCCAGAUCAAGUCCAUUGUGGAUCUCAUCAUAAAUAUUCACGAUUUGGCUGGAAAAAUUGCGCUCGAAGCCAAGGGAUUUGUCACGCAAUUCCGCAAGUACUUCAAUCUGUGGGCCUACGAGAAGAGUUUCAUAUGCCAGAAAUUUGUGCAGCGCCAAGUGACGCUUAUCGAAAUCGAUGAGAAAUUUACAUUUUACUCGGCCAUUGUGGAAACGAUGGCCAGCAUGCGCAAGUAUCACGACGUCAAGUGUGUGCGCAUAAAUUUGCAACCAUUGCUGCAGAGCAUCACGCAGCAUGCUCAGGAAUGGUGCACCAUACUGGGCGAGGAGCUAUUGCUGCAUGUCAACGAGAGCAUGAGGGCAAUGCGAAACGAAAUCAAAACUCUCAGCAUGAACCUCAACAAGACCACACGCGAGCUGGAGGACUUUAAGCUGGUCAUGCAAACAAUCGCCACAAUUCAAUCGACGACGCUGACCAACGAGCAGAAGAUACACGAAAUGCAGGAGACCUUCACAGUGCUCAGUGAGCAUAAAAUUAUGUUCCCCUACGAGGAUAUGCUGAUGGCCCACCACCUGGAGAAGCGCUGGAAGCGACUGUUCCUCUCGGCCCUGUAUCGCUCGGAGAAGCUGCAACCAAUUAAACAGAAGUUCGCCGAUAUGACUUCCGUUGAAAUUGACGUUUUCUGCGAUGAUCUGGACGAAUUCAUCAAGGACUAUGACGAGAACGGCCCUGGCUCGGUGGGCGGCGAGCUGGAGCGCGGCGUACGCCUCAUGGAUCCCUAUGGCCAGAAGAUCAACGAGCGCGAGCUGCGACGCCAGGAGCUGGCCAAUGCCGAGCGACUGUUCGAUAUGCCCAUGGUGGAUUAUCAUGAAUUUGGACGCGUUCAAUCGGAAUAUGAGGGUCUCCAGCAGAUCUACAAACUGUACAGAUCGCAGAAGGGUGCCCGUGAGAUCUGGGGCAAGACGCUGUGGGCCGACCUGGAUCCCACUGUGCUGACCGAGGGCGUUGAGAGCUAUCUGAAGGAAUUCCGGAAAUUGCCCAAGCCGAUUCGUCAGCAGCCGGUGGGACAGCAGGUGGAGCUGCACAUGAAACAGUUCAAGGGCACUGUUCCAUUGAUGGUCAGCCUCAAACAUGAGGCACUGCGCGAGCGCCAUUGGUUGCAGCUAAUGGAGAAGACGGGCCAGUACUUCGACAUGUCGCCGGCGCGCUUCACCCUGGAGAAUAUGUUUGCCAUGCAGCUGCACAAGUACCAGGAAAUCGCCGAGCAGAUCCUGACCAAUGCCAUCAAGGAGUUGCAGAUUGAGCGCGGUGUGCGCGCCGUCGAGGAGACCUGGGCGGUGAUGGCCUUCAAGAUACUCAAACACUACAAGGGCAUGGAUGAUCGCGGUUGGGUGCUGGGACCCGUGGAUGAGAUCAGCCAGGUGCUGGAGGACAAUGGCAUGAAUCUACAGUCCAUGGGCGCGAGUCAAUUCAUUGGCCCCUUUCUGGAGACGGUUAACAAGUGGGAACGCACUCUGGCCAUGGUCUCGGAGAUCAUCGACGAGUGGCUGGUGGUGCAGCGCAAGUGGCUGUAUCUCGAGGGCAUAUUCAUUGGCGGCGACAUUCGCACACAACUGCCGGAGGAGGCGAAGAAAUUUGAUGACAUUGACAAGUCAUAUCGAAGGAUCAUGGUCGAUUGUGCCAAAAAUCCGUUAGUGGUGCCAUUCUGUACAAUACCCGGACGCUUAGUGGAUAUACAAGGCCUGGGCAUUGGCUUGGAAAAUUGUCAGAAGUCGUUAAACGAAUAUUUGGACUCGAAGCGUCGCAUUUUUCCGCGUUUCUAUUUCAUAUCCACCGAUGAGCUGCUCUCCAUUUUGGGCAGCAGUGAGCCAUCUGCAGUGCAGAACCACAUCAUUAAGAUGUACGACAAUAUCAAGUCACUGCGUCUGGUCAAGGAGGGCAGCCUGACGAUGGUCACCGCCAUGAUAUCCAGCGAGGGAGAGGUCAUGGAGUUCCGUCAUAUUGCCAGGGCCCAGGGUCGCGUCGAAUACUGGAUGAACGAUGUGCUGGAUGAAAUGCGUCGCUCGAAUCGCUUCAUAAGCAAGACGGCCAUCUACGACUUUGGCACAGAUCUGGAAAUUGCAAGACCCGAGUGGCUAAUGAACUACCAGGGCAUGGUGGGCCUAGCCGCCAGUCAAGUGUGGUGGACCGCCGAGGUGGAGGAGGCCUUCGAUCAGGCCCAGAACCAUGGCAAUAUGCGCGCCAUGAAGGAUUUCCUCAGCAAGAACAACUACCAGAUCGAGGAGCUCGUCCUCAAGGUGCGCUCCAAUCUGUCGCGCAACGAUCGCCUCAAGUUCAAGGCCCAGUGCACGGUCGAUGUCCAUGCCCGGGACAUCAUCGACAGUUUUGUGCGCGACAAUGUCCUGGACUCCAGCGAGUUCAGCUGGGAGAGCCAGCUGCGCUUCUACUGGGUGAAGUUCUACGACAAUCUGCACGUCUUCCAGUGCUCGGGCAGCUUCGAUUACGGCUACGAGUACAUGGGCCUCAACGGACGCCUGGUGAUCACGCCCCUGACGGAUCGCAUCUACCUGACCAUCACCCAGGCCCUGCUCAUGAAUCUGGGCGGAGCGCCGGCCGGUCCGGCGGGCACAGGCAAAACGGAAACCGUCAAGGACCUGGCCAAGGCCAUGGGUCUGCUCUGUGUGGUCACCAAUUGUGGCGAGGGCAUGGACUAUCGGGCCGUGGGCACCAUCCUCUCGGGUCUCGUCCAGUGCGGUGCCUGGGGCUGCUUCGACGAGUUCAAUCGCAUUGACAUCUCCGUGCUCAGUGUGAUAUCCACGCAACUGCAGACCAUACGCAAUGGCCUCAUACGCAAACUGGAACGCUUUGUGUUUGAAGGAGUGGAGAUCAAACUGGAUCCCAAGUGCGGUGUAUUUGUCACCAUGAAUCCUGGGUAUGCCGGACGCACCGAGCUGCCGGAGUCAGUGAAGGCUCUGUUCCGGCCGGUGACGUGCAUUAAGCCGGACCUUGAGCUGAUCUGCCUGAUCUCGCUCUUCUCCGACGGCUUCCUCACGGCCAAAGUGCUGGCCAAGAAGAUGACGGUGCUCUAUGCCCUCGCGCAGGAGCAGCUCUCGAAGCAGUGCCACUACGAUUGGGGCCUGCGCUCCCUCAACUCUGUGCUCCGCAUGGCCGGAGUGAUGAAGCGACAGUCCGAGGAUCUGCCAGAGGCCGUGGUGCUGAUGCGCGUGCUGCGCGACAUGAACUAUCCAAAGUUCAUAUUCGAGGAUGUGCCGCUGUUCCUGGGACUCAUCAAGGACCUGUUCCCCGGCAUCGAUUGUCCGCGCGUCGGCUAUCCGGACUUCAAUUCCGCUGUGCGUCAUGUUCUGGUCAACGAUGGCUACAUUCUGCUGCCCGAUCAGGAGGACAAAGUGGUGCAAAUGUACGAGACCAUGAUGACCCGGCACUCGACCAUGAUUGUGGGCCCAACAGGUGGCGGCAAAACUGUCGUCAUAAAUGCUCUGGUCAAAGCGCAAACCCACAUGGGCCUGCCCACCAAGUGCAUUGUGCUUAACCCGAAGGCCUGUUCGGUUAUUGAAUUAUACGGCUAUUUGGAUAUGGAAACGAGAGAUUGGAUUGAUGGAUUGUUUUCAAAUAUAUUCCGUGAAAUGAAUAAGCCCAUCGAGCGUGAGGAGCGACGGUAUGCCUGCUUCGAUGGCGACGUCGAUGCACUGUGGAUCGAGAACAUGAACUCGGUGAUGGAUGACAACAAGCUGCUGACGCUGGCCAACGGCGAGCGCAUUCGCCUCGAGAACUACUGUGCGCUGCUCUUCGAGGUGGGCAACCUGUCCUAUGCCUCUCCGGCGACGGUGUCGCGUGCCGGAAUGGUCUACGUGGAUCCCAAGAAUCUGCGCUACAGUCCGUUCUGGCAGCGUUGGGUGCUCACCCGCCCGGAGCCGCAGCGCGAGCUGCUCGACGACUUCUUCGAGAAGAUCAUCGUGCAGGCAAUAGCCUUCAUACUGGAGGGCCUGGAUGGCACCACGCAGGGCAAUCCCCUGAAGAUGGUCAUAAUGCAGACGGACCUCAAUAUGGUCACACAGUUCUGCAACAUCUACGAUGCCCUGCUGCCCGUGUAUGGGCCGUCGGACAACAGGAACUACGAUGAGCCCGUGCUGCAGGUGUACAACGUGGACACCUUGGAGUGCUGCUUCCUGCAGGGCGUCUAUGGCUCCAUGGGCGCCUGUCUGCUGGAGAAGCAUCAAAUUGUGUUUGACGAGUUCAUGAAGCGCAUUUCGGGCUUCCCCCUGUUCCAGGAUACGCCCGAAAAUCCGGCCAGCGGCGGACAGUUUCCGCAGAGCAAGCCAACACUCUAUGAUUACUUCUGGGACGUCGCGGAUAACUGCUGGAAGGCAUGGGAGUGGAUUGUGAGGCCCUAUACCCAUGACCCGUCGGUGAAGUUUAGCGAGAUUCUGGUGCCAACCGUGGAUAACACGCGCACCAAUCGCCUGCUGGCGCUCAUGAGUGAGAUCAAACGACCCGUUCUGCUUGUCGGCGAGGCGGGCACAUCAAAGACGGCCACCAUCAUGCAAUAUUUGCGCAAUCUCAAUUCGAAUGUCAACAUCAUACUCAAUAUUAAUUUUUCAUCGAGAACCUCAUCGUUGGAUGUGCAGCGCACAUUGGAGGCGGCUGUGGAGAAACGCACCAAGGAUACGUAUGGGCCACCGAUGGGCAAGAAAAUUGCCUGCUUUAUUGAUGACAUGAACAUGCCGCAGGUGGAUGAGUAUGGCACACAGCAGCCUAUUGCCCUGCUGAAGCUCUUCUUUGAGCGUGGCGGCAUGUAUGACCGCGACAAGGAUCUACUUUGGAAGAAAUUUAAGGACAUGACCUUCUAUGCGGCCAUGGGCACGGCUGGCGGUGGUCGCAACGAGGUCGAUCCACGCUUCAUCAGCAUGUUCUCCACGUACAACAUUGUGUUCCCCAACGACGAGUCGCUCAUCCAGAUCUACUCAUCCAUCUUCAAGGGCCACUUGGAGUUCAUCAAGUUCCCCGAUCGCUUCAUGAUGAUUGCCGACAUAAUUGUCGUUAUGACAUUAAAGUUAUUCAAGAUGGUAAUUGUGGACCUGCCGCCAACGCCCUCGAAGUUCCACUACAUCUUCAACCUGAAGGAUCUGUCGCGCAUCUUUGCCGGACUGCUGCUGAUCGAGCCCACGUGCUUCAAGAACCUGAGAGAAUUCAUCCGGGUCUGGCGCAACGAAUUUACGCGAAUAAUAUGCGAUCGACUGAUUGCCGAUCCCGACAUCAACGGUGUGCGCCGUAAUCUGGCCAACGAGGUGGCUGAGCGCUUCCCGCCAGAGUUCGAGGAGCAGUACGGAUUCAUUGAUGUGACCACCGCGGAGGCGGAGGCCCAGGCCCGUCUGCUGUACGAGGCCUAUGCGGAUGAUGCCGCUGCCGAGGAGGAGGGCGAGGAGGAGGAGGAGGAUGAGGGGCCGCAGGUGGUCAUGUCGCUCAAGGACUAUGUCCUGCGCGAUCCCAUACUGUUUGGCGAUUUCCGUAACUUCACCAACGAGGCGGAGGCGCGUCUGUACGAGGAUCUGCUCGACUACGAUUCGGUGUGGUCGCUGUUCAUUGAGAUAUUGGAGGAAUACUGCGAUCGCAAGCAGAAGAUGACCCUCGUCCUGUUCGAGGACUGUGUGGAGCAUCUGACCCGAGUGCAUCGCACGCUGCGCAUGAACCGCGGCCACGUCCUGCUCAUCGGCGUCGGUGGCUGUGGCAAGAAGUGCAUCACCCGCCUGGCGGCCUUUGCCGCCGAGUGUGAGGUAUUCGAGAUCACCAUUUCGCGUGGCUACAACGAGACCGCCUUCCGGGAGGACCUCAAGGUGCUCUACACCCUGGCGGGCGUCAAGCGGAAGAAGGUUGUGUUCCUGUUCACGGCCGCCCAGGUGGCUGAGGAGGGCUUCCUGGAGCUGAUCAACAACAUUCUGACCGUGGGCCAGGUGCCGGCCCUGUUUGCCGACGAGGACAAGGAUACGAUUGUCAAUCAAGUGCGCAAAUUCGCCGAGGAGGAGGGACUCUCGGCAUCCAAGGACUCCGUUUGGGCCUACUUCCUGCGCACCUGUGCGGAAAACCUUCACGUUGUCCUGUGCAUGUCCCCCGCCGGCGAAGCGCUGCGCAAUCGUUGCCGCAACUUCCCCGGGCUGAUUGGCAGCACCUACAUCGACUGGGUGUUCCCCUGGCCCAAGCAGGCGCUCUACGCGGUGGCCAGACUCUUCCUCACCGAGCACGCCAUGAUACCCGCGGACCAUCGGGACAACAUCAUCGAGCACGUGGUGCACGUGCACACCACCAUACAGCAGUACUCCAAGGACUAUCAGACCAAGCUGCGGCGCAACAACUUUGUGACGCCCAAGCACUAUCUGGACUACAUCAACACCUACCUGGGACUUCUGGAGGAGAAGCAUCUGUUCAUCACACAACAGCGCCAGCGGCUGGGCGAGGGCAUCAAGAAGAUCGAAGAGGCUUCGCUGCAGAUCGAUGAGCUGCGGGUGAUUGUCACGGAGCAGAAGAAGAACGUGGCUGUCGCUUCGGAGGAGUGCGAGUCCAUGCUGGUCACCAUCGAGGCAUCCACGGUUAAGGCCAACACCAAGAAGGCCGAGGCAUCGGAGAAGUCCGUAGAGGUGGAGAUCAAGGGCAAGCAGAUUGCCGUGGAGAAGGACGAGGCCGAGGAGAUUCUGGCCGAUGCCAUGCCAGCGCUGGAGGAGGCCAGACGUGCGCUCUCCGAGCUGGAGAAGGCGCAGAUCACGGAGAUUCGAUCGUUUGCCACGCCACCGGCUGCCGUGCAGGUGGUGUGCGAGUGCGUGGCCAUUCUGAAGGGCAUCAAGGAGAUCAGCUGGAAGUCGGCCAAGGGCAUGAUGAGCGACGUCAACUUCCUGAAGGGUCUGAUGGAAAUGGACUGCGAGGCGCUCACCCAGAAGCAGAUCUCCGCCUGCCGCAACCACAUGAAGACACAGAACCUGGACGACAUGGGUAAGAUAUCGAUAGCCGGGGCGGGUCUGCUGCGGUUCGUGAGGGCCGUCCUCGGCUUCUUUGAGGUGUAUCGCGAGGUGAAGCCCAAGAAGGAGCGCGUCGACUUCCUGGUGGAGGAGCAGGAGGUGCAGAUCAAGCUGCUGAACCACCUGAACGCUGAGAUCACGAAGCUGGAGGAUAAGCUGGCGGCCCUCAACGAGAACUAUGCCAUAUCCAUGAAGCAGAUGCGGGCCCUCACCGAGAUGAUGCAGCAGGCGGAGCGGCGACUGAUCGCCUCCGAUAAGCUGAUCAGUGGCCUGACCUCGGAGCUGAUCCGCUGGAGCGCCGAAAUGGCCAGUCUGGGCCAGCAGCUGAUCGACAGUGUGGGCGUGUGCCUGAUCAGCUCCUCCUUCCUGGCCUACACGGGCGCCUUCACCUGGGAGUUCCGCAAGGCGAUGGUCUUCGACGACUGGCUGGAGCACAUCAGCUCCCUGAGCAUACCCGUCAUCCUGCCGUUCAAGAUUGACGCCUACCUCAGCACGGACGUCGAGGUGGCCCAGUGGACCAGCGAGGGUCUGCCGCCGGACGAGCUGUCCGUGCAGAACGGCAUCCUCACGAUGCGCGCCUCCCGCUUCCCGCUCUGCAUCGAUCCACAGCUGCAGGCGCUGCAGUGGAUCCGCAAGAAGGAGUUCCGCAACAACCUCAAGGUGCUGUCGUUCAGCGACUUCGACUUCCUGAAGCAGCUGGAAAUGGCCAUAAUGUACGGGCUGCCGGUGCUCUUCGAGGAUGUGGACGACUACAUCGAUCCGGUGAUCGAUGACAUCCUGCAGAAGAACAUCCGCGUACAUGCGGGCCGCAAGUUCGUCAUGCUCGGCGACAAGGAGGUGGACUGGGAUCCCGGCUUCCGCCUCUACCUGACCACCAAGUUCUCCAAUCCCAAGUUCGAUCCGGCGGUGUAUGCCAAGGCGCUCGUCAUCAACUACACGGUGACGCAGACGGGCCUCGAGGAUCAGCUGCUCAGCGUGGUGGUGGGCACCGAGCGGCCGGAUCUGGAGCAGCAGCGCGAGUCGCUGAUUGCCCAGACGAGCGAGAACAAGCAGCUGCUGAAGCAGCUGGAGGACUCGCUGCUGCGCGAGUUGGCCACCUCCACGGGCAACAUGCUGGACAAUGUGGAGCUGGUGGAGACGCUGGAGAACACCAAGAGCAAGGCCGGCCUGGUGAUGGAGCAGCUGAAGCUGGCCGCCGAAACGGCAGCCGACAUCGAGAUCCUGCGCAACGGCUAUCGACCAACAUCCAAGCGGGGAGCCGUCCUCUUCUUCGCGCUCGCCGACAUGGCCACCGUCAACAGCAUGUACCAGUAUGCCCUGGCCGCCUAUCUCGAUGUGUUUGUCUACUCGCUGCGCAAGGCCGUGCCGGACACGGUGCUGAGCAAACGGCUGAACAACAUCAUCAAGACGCUGACCGAGAAUGUCUACUCGUACGGCUGCACGGGCAUCUUUGAGCGGCACAAGCUGCUCUUCUCCUUCCAGAUCGCCACCAAGCUGGCGCAGCGGGAGGGCGUGCUGCUGCAGACGGAGCUCGACUUCUUCAUCAAGGGCAACAUUGCCCUGACCAAGAGUGAGCGCAGCAACCCCUGCAAGUGGCUGCCCGAAAAGAGCUGGGAGGAUCUGCUGAAGUUGGCCUUUGAUUUCUCCGAUGCAUUCGGCUCACUGCCGGAUCACUUCGGUCGCUACCUCACCGAAUGGAAAGAGUGGUACGACUUGGAGAAUCCUGAGGAGGUGGCAUGUCCGGGCGACUACAACAUCAAAUGCAAUGCAUUCCAGAAAUUGCUGUUUUUGCGCUGCUUCCGCGUGGAUCGCAUCUUCCGAUGCAUAAAUCAAUAUAUUGUGGACACAAUGGAUGAGUUCUUCAUUAUGCCGCCCGUGGUGAGCUUCUCGGCCAUUUACGAGCAGACAUCCUGCACGAUACCCGUCUGCUUUAUCCUGAGUGCCGGCUCGGAUCCCACCAGCGAUCUGAUCAAGCUGGCCGACACAAUCAUUGGCAUGGCCAACUUCUGUCACAUAUCGCUGGGCCAGGGGCAGGAGAAGGCUGCCCUCAGGAUGCUGGACACGGCCGUGCGGCAGGGCCAAUGGCUGAUGCUGCAGAACGGCCACUUGCUGAUACGGUUCGUGCGGGAGCUGGAAAAGUACUUGGACCGAAUCGAGAAUCCGCAUCCGGACUUUAGGCUGUGGAUAACCACAGAUCCCUCGCCAGCAUUCCCCAUUGGCAUACUGCAGAAGUCCCUGAAGGUUGUCACUGAACCGCCCAAUGGCUUGAAGCUGAAUCUACGCUCGACGUACUUUAAAGUGCGCCAGGAGCGCCUCGAGAGCUGCUCACAUCGCGGCUUCCGUCCGCUGGUCUAUGUCUUGGCCUUCUUCCAUGCCGUCGUCCAAGAGCGUCGCAAAUACGACAAACUUGGCUGGAACAUAGCGUACGACUUCAAUGAUUCAGACUUUGAGGUCUGCACCGAAAUUCUGCGCACCUAUCUGAGUCGCUGUGCGGACGACAAGAUACCCUGGAACAGCCUCAAGUAUCUCAUUGGCGAGGUCAUGUACGGCGGUCGCGUUAUCGACGAUUUCGAUCGGCGCAUCACCAACUGCUACAUGGGCGAGUACAUGGGCGACUUUCUGUUUGACGAGUUCCAAGUGUUCCACUUCUAUGAGGACGAAAAUGUGGACUACUGCCUGCCGGAGGAUGAGACCAUACUGAAGGAGGACUAUAUAGCGCACAUCGACAAACUGCCGUUGGUCAAUAAGCCGGAUGUGUUUGGUUUGCAUCCGAACGCGGAAAUCGGUUAUUACACAAUGGCGGCACGCAACAUUUGGAACAGUUUGAUUGAGCUGCAGCCGCAGACUGGCGAGGGUACGGGCGGCAUCAGUCGUGACGACUUCAUAGACUCGGUGGCCGCCGGAAUACUGAAGAAACUGCCACCGGCCUUUGAGACGUGGCGCAUUCGCAAACAGAUCCAAAUGAGUCUCUCGCCCACGGGUGUGGUCCUGCUGCAGGAGCUGGAUCGCUUUAAUCUGCUGGUGAUUCGCAUCAAGAAAACACUGGAGCUGCUCCGCAAGGCCAUUGCUGGUGAAAUCGGCAUGGACAAUGUGCUGGACAACAUUGCCAACUCGCUGUUCAAUGGCCUGCUGCCAAAAUCGUGGAGCUCCCUGGCGCCGGCCACAUGCAAACAGUUGGCCAGCUGGCUGGAGCACUUGCGGCAACGGUCUGUGCAGUAUAAGUAUUGGUCGAUAUCGGGCGAGCCCCUGGUCAUGUGGCUGUCGGGUCUCCACAUACCGCAGAGCUAUCUGACGGCUCUGGUGCAGAUUGCCUGUCGCAAAAACGCCUGGCCACUGGAUCGUUCGACCCUCUUUACCUAUGUUACCAACUAUUCGGACCCCGACGAUGUCGAGGAGCGUCCCUCAACUGGCUGCUUUGUGCAUGGGUUGUACAUCGAGGGCGCACGCUUUGACAUGGCGACUAAUCAGCUGGCGCGUUCCCAUCCCAAAAUACUGGUCGAGGAUCUGGCCAUUUUGGCUGUGGAGCCCAUCGAGGCGCAUCGUCUCAAGCUACAGAACACAUUCCUGGCUCCUGUUUAUACGACAUCCUUGCGCAGAAAUGCCAUGGGCGUGGGCCUGGUAUUUGAGGCCAAUUUGGCCACCUGCGAGGACUUGAGUCACUGGAUAUUGCAGGGCGUAUGCCUCACCCUGAACACGGAUCUCUAAGGAGCCUUUGUACCAUAUACAUUUCGAUUUAGACUGUACAGAUUGAAAGACUGAAGAUGCAUUUUGUUGAUAUUGAUUAUUUUGUAUCGAAUCUUUUACACUAAUGCCAAAUACAUUUAUGUUUACAGCGCUGUAGCAAUGGCA